GUCCUCGGAACCCGCAGCGGCAGCCCCGCCUCUCCUGGCCGGUACUGUUGUCGGUUCCCCAAUUUCCCUCCCCAUUGCCCCACCCAUCCACGGGUCAUUGGAAAGACUGAGACUUUGAUUUUCACGGACAAAUUGUCAUCUCCCCCAUUUCCACAAACGACGUGGAGGCUCGGGUUUGUCGUUGGUAACUUUGGUUUUCAAGACGAAAACGUCCGCUUGUCUCUCAGUUUUUCUGGGGGAGGGGACUCCGCGCCCACCUCAAAUCCUGUACCGACGCCCUCCCCCACGCCAGCCCUCCGACGCCCACCUCUCCGGGAGGGAGUGCGCUCUUGAUUUGGCAGCCUCUCUCCCCUCCCCCUUCCUCUGUCAGCCCCUCGGACCGCCACCAUCCAGCUUGGCCAGAUCCCCGGACGUUCAAGGCACUUGCUAGCAACUCAAGCUCCCGCCUGCAAACCCCUUCUUUCCCCAGCAGGCCUCGAAGAACAGUGUGGCUCCCCCGGACCCCGGAGGGAGCAUACCAGGCGGGUCCUCUCUCCGCAGUGAGCCGGGAGCGCUUGGGGGAGGUCCUUGCGCAAGCCAGGUGCACCGGCUAGGCGCCCGGCAGCCCCAGUGCUUGUGCGCCGCAGCGGGUCGGGCUGUGUCUGAAAGGCUGCAUCCCCACCGCCUUCUGCAGCUUUGCCCCCAAAGCUCCUUGGACUCAGCCGCUGGCUAUCUGGGCGGUGUAGACGCCACCCCACCCGCAGCCCUGCGGCGCUGUGGUCAGUCGCGCCCCGCUAACUUUGGAAGGGGAAAACUGAGUAGCCGGGCUGGAGGGAGGGGGCUCGGGGCCGCGCAGUGCUCCCUCGGGCCCUCGGAGCCCCCGGGCCCCCACCAAGCCUCCGCCGAGUCCACUGCAACCUCAGCAUUGGAGCCGGCGCGGGUAUAUCCCCCGCGCCGCCGGGCUGCCCUGGGCAGGACUCCUCCCGCGGCCUCCGGGGCCACGGGGUGCAAGCAACAGGCGGCCCGAGCCAGCGGGAAGCUGGAGCGCCGGCGGCGUAGGCCUCGGAGGGGUGUGGAGCGGCGAGGCCAGGCAGAGCCCCGCGCAGCUAUGGAAUCACUCCUGCUGCCGGUGCUGCUGCUGUUGGCAGUACUGUGGACCCAGGCGGCUGCCCUCAUUAACCUCAAGUACUCAGUUGAAGAGGAGCAGCGCGCCGGGACAGUGAUCGCUAACGUGGCCAAGGACGCGAGAGAAGCAGGCUUCGCGCUAGACCCCCACCAGGCUUCUGCCUUUCGUGUAGUGUCCAACUCCGCUCCGCACCUGGUGGAUAUCAACCCCAGCUCCGGCCUGUUGGUCACGAAGCAGAAGAUCGACCGUGACCUACUGUGCCGUCAGAGCCCCAAGUGCAUCAUCUCGCUGGAGGUCAUGUCUAGCUCAAUGGAGAUCUGUGUCAUUAAGGUGGAGAUCAAGGACCUGAACGAUAAUGCACCCAGUUUCCCGGCUGCACAGAUAGAGCUAGAGAUCUCAGAAGCCGCCAGUCCUGGCACACGCAUUCCUCUGGACAGCGCCUACGAUCCAGACUCCGGCAGCUUUGGCGUGCAGACUUACGAGCUCACACCCAACGAGCUGUUCGGCCUGGAGAUCAAGACGCGUGGCGACGGUUCACGCUUUGCUGAACUCGUGGUGGAGAAGAGCCUGGAUCGUGAGACACAGUCGCACUACAGCUUUCGAAUCACUGCGCUGGACGGCGGCGACCCACCACACCUGGGCACAGUUGGCCUCAGCAUCAAGGUGACCGACUCCAAUGACAAUAACCCGGUGUUUGGCGAGUCCACCUAUGCGGUGAGUGUGCCUGAGAACUCACCUCCCAACACACCCGUCAUUCGCCUCAAUGCCAGCGACCCAGACGAGGGCACUAACGGCCAAGUGGUCUACUCCUUCUAUGGCUACGUCAAUGACCGCACGAGAGAACUAUUCCAAAUCGACCCACACAGCGGCUUGGUAACAGUCACGGGUGCCCUAGACUACGAAGAGGGCCACGUGUACGAACUGGACGUUCAAGCCAAGGACCUGGGACCCAAUUCUAUCCCAGCACACUGCAAGGUCACCGUCAGCGUCCUGGACACCAAUGACAACCCACCGGUUAUCAACUUGUUGUCGGUCAACAGCGAGCUUGUGGAGGUGAGCGAGAGCGCCCCGCCGGGCUAUGUAAUUGCCCUGGUUCGGGUGUCUGAUCGCGACUCCGGUCUCAAUGGACGUGUGCAGUGCCGUUUGCUGGGCAACGUUCCUUUUCGUCUGCAGGAGUAUGAGAGUUUCUCCACUAUCCUGGUGGAUGGAAGGCUAGACCGCGAGCAACACGACCAAUACAACCUUACAAUUCAAGCGCGAGACGGCGGUGUCCCCAUGCUGCAAAGUGCCAAAUCCUUUACUGUGCGCAUCACUGACGAGAAUGACAACCACCCACACUUUUCUAAACCCUAUUAUCAGGUCAUUGUGCAGGAGAACAACACACCUGGUGCCUAUCUUCUCUCUGUGUCAGCCCGAGACCCGGACCUGGGGCUCAAUGGUAGCGUCUCCUAUCAGAUCGUGCCGUCUCAGGUACGCGACAUGCCCGUGUUCACCUAUGUCUCCAUUAACCCCAACUCUGGAGAUAUCUAUGCGCUGCGGUCUUUCAACCAUGAACAGACCAAGGCAUUCGAAUUUAAGGUGCUGGCAAAGGAUGGUGGCCUGCCCUCUCUACAGAGCAAUGCCACAGUGCGGGUCAUCAUCCUGGACGUCAACGACAAUACCCCAGUUAUCACGGCCCCGCCCCUAAUCAACGGUACUGCAGAGGUCUAUAUUCCCCGAAAUUCCGGCAUCGGCUACUUGGUGACUGUAGUUAAGGCAGAUGACUAUGAUGAGGGUGAAAAUGGCCGAGUCACCUACGACAUGACCGAGGGUGAUCGCAGCUACUUUGAAAUAGACCAGGUCAACGGUGAAGUCAGAACCACCCGUACCUUCAGCGAGAGCUCCAAGGCUUCCUAUGAGCUUAUUGUGGUGGCACAUGACCAUGGCAAGACGUCUCUCUCUGCCUCUGCGCUUGUCCUAAUAUACCUGUCCCCAGCUCUUGAUGCCCAAGAGUCAAUGGGCUCGGUGAACCUGUCCCUGAUUUUCAUUAUUGCUCUGGGCUCCAUUGCGGGCAUCCUCUUCGUCACCAUGAUCUUUGUUGCAAUCAAGUGCAAGCGAGAUAACAAAGAGAUACGGACCUACAACUGCAGAAUUGCUGAGUACUCCUAUGGGCAUCAAAAGAAAUCAAGCAAGAAGAAAAAAAUCAGUAAGAAUGACAUCCGUCUGGUACCCAGGGACGUGGAGGAGACAGACAAGAUGAACGUUGUCAGUUGCUCCUCCCUGACCUCCUCCCUCAACUAUUUCGACUACCACCAGCAGACCCUGCCCCUAGGCUGCCGCCGCUCUGAGAGCACUUUUCUGAAUGUGGAGAACCAGAAUACUCGCAAUACCAGUGCCAACCACAUAUACCAUCACUCUUUCAAUAGCCAGGGCCCCCAGCAGCCAGAUCUGAUCAUCAACGGUGUGCCCCUGCCUGAGACUGAAAACUAUUCUUUUGAUUCCAACUAUGUGAACAGCCGGGCCCAUUUAAUCAAAAGCAGCUCUACCUUCAAGGACCUAGAAGGCAACAGCCUGAAGGAUAGUGGACAUGAGGAGAGUGACCAGACGGACAGUGAGCAUGAUGUCCAGAGGAGCUUGUACUGUGAUACUGCUGUCAAUGAUGUGCUGAACACCAGUGUGACCUCCAUGGGAUCUCAGAUGCCAGACCAUGAUCAGAAUGAAGGCUUUCAUUGCAGAGAAGAAUGCCGGAUUCUUGGCCACUCUGACAGAUGUUGGAUGCCCCGGAAUCCCAUGCCCACUCGCUCUAAGUCCCCUGAGCAUGUGAGGAAUAUCAUCGCUCUCUCCAUUGAAGCUACUGCUGCUGAUGCUGAGGCUUAUGACGACUGUGGCCCUACCAAGCGGACUUUUGCAACCUUUGGGAAAGAUGUCAGCGACCACCCGGUUGAAGAGAGGCCCACCCUGAAAGGCAAGAGGACUGUUGAUGUGACCAUCUGCAGCCCAAAGGUCAACGGCGCUAUCCGGGAGGCGGGCAAUGGCUGUGAGGCUAUUAGCCCAGUCACCUCCCCCCUCCACCUCAAGAGCCCUCUGCCUACCAAGCCUUCCGUGUCUUACACCGUUGCUCUGGCUCCCCCGGCGCGUGAUCUGGAGCAGUAUGUCAACAAUGUCAACAGUGGUCCUUCCCGUCCUUCUGAAGCUGAGCCCCGUGGAGCUGACAGCGAGAAACCAAUGCAUGAGGUCAAUCCUGUUCUGAAGGAGGGUCGCGAGAAAGAAUCCCCUGGCAUAAAACGUCUGAAGGAUAUCGUUCUGUAAACCAGUCUCUGGGAAGAAGAGAAAGAAAUAACGUGAAGCAUCUGAAGGAUAUUGUCUUGUAAAUCAGUCUCUGGGAAGAAGAGAAAGAAAACACACUAGCUAGAGGAGAUGCAAGAGCUGCUUAUUUUAAUUGCUCAUCAAUGGUUGGUGCUUGGGUGGCUGUGUUUCAGAGCUUUCCGUAAAUGUAUUGUUUAUAAAUGACUAUCAUUCUGUGACAAUCCCUCUUGUUUCAACAGGCAGCAGGGGUGUUCAGUUGGAGCAAAUUAGCUUUGGAUUGAGUUGUUCACGGGGCCUUGAUGUUGGGGAAACAGAGACAAAUUUAGUUGUGAAAAGUAUUAUGUAUUAAGUGUUUGAAUUUAUAUAUUUUUCUAUGUCAAAAUUAUAAUAUAAAUUACCAUUGUUUGUGGAAGAUUACAUUUAAAAAAAGCAAAAAAAUUAAAAAAAAAAAAAAGCUCUGGACACCUUUAAUAAGCUCGCCACUGUUUUUUUGUAGUGUAGACAAGUUAAUAGUCAUUUAUUGUGUACUAUUCAUUGAUUCAGUGAUGUGAAAUUGAGCCCCCAAAAGGUUGUUUCUGAAGCUUGAGUACUUUCCAAUGCCGCUACUUUGCUGUGGACACCCCUGUUUUAAAAACCCUUUUGCUAGCUGUGCUAUUGUUGUAUUUGAUAUUGCAAAUUGCUCUGUGUGUGGUGAUGGCAAAAGGCUUUUAAAGGUUGGGUUUUUUUUUUCUUAAAAAAAUAAUAAAAAUACAGAUAAAAACAAAGCAGAAACAACUGAGACAGUAAAUGAAUGAGCAACACCACACAUAUAGAUUGAGUACUUCGAGGAUACUCACAUUUUUUUAACCCAUGUAGUGAUUGCUCAGCAUUUGCAAAGUGUUUUUCCUGCCUUUCAUUCUUCUGCCCAGGCCCAUGAUAGAUCAUUGCAGAAAGUCAUUUUUGGAUAUGCUGCUAUCUAAUUUGCAGUUGUCAGAAAUCCUGUGCUAAAAGUUUUAUGAGAUCCAUUUUCCUAAUUUUCAGUCCCUGAACAGGAAACUUGUUCUUGGAGUUAUCAGUUUCCAGGCUUAGAAAAUCCCUCUAUCUAAAACUCAAAAAUGACUGAAACUAUUUUGAGGUCUAAAUUAGCAUCUCUUUAAACACACACUUCCUGAUUCAGUGUUUCCCAAUCAUGAUUGGAAUUAGAUUGUAAAGCACGUCAUAGGCUGGGAUGGAGAACUCCAUGUUGCUCUGUAUCUUAGGCUUAAAUAUAGGAAUAGAGUAAGCAGUACAAAGUAUGCACUUAGGAAAAGACAGGUAACAGGUAACAGCAUCACUGAUCCAAUAACAGUGCCUUCUAAAUGGAGACACUUGGACACUUGAACUCGUCUAUUUAUGACUAAUACUUAUUUUUUAUUAAAAAUAUGAACAAGAGACUAUUAAAACAGAACUCCUUUAGGUUUAGCUAACUUUGCUGUGUAGGCUAGGAAUACAACUUUUUAAAUUAAAAACCUGCACAUUCUUUUUGUUGUUUUAACAUUGUUCUAAUUCCCCACAUUUAUUGUCUAUUAAUAUUCACUAGCCAACAUAGUAUUCUUGCAGCCUAAGAGUUCAUUAUUUAAAACUAAAGAAAAUAUGUCACCUUUGCUCUGCCUUGGUCUUAAAUGAGUUGUUUCUAGGGAAACAAGUUUUAUGGUUUUGUUCUCUCUCUUUAAAAUUUAAUAAUGCACAGAAAGAAGGCCUACAGGUUAGAGCACUUGAAUGCAAAAGAGAAUUUAUUUUCUUAAAUUUAGGUAGAUAAGGUCAGUUCUUUUAAAUGUUUCGAGGUAUUUUGCCCUGAGUUCUAGCUUUAUAUAUUACUAGCACUGUUUUCUUUUGGGGGAGGGGAAGGGUCUCAAAGAAGGGUGUAGGUGGGGGAGUUGAAUUAGGGCUAGUUAGGGGAGAACAUUUCUGAAAAAGAACCUGCAAAUCCAUCCUUAUUUCUUAUUCAGUGCUGAAUACUACCUCAUGCAAAAUAUUGGUGUGGCUGCAAAUUUCCCUCUGAAACUGACACAAUUAGAGUUCUGUUAUCAUAAUAUCUUCACUGUGCCUCAUUUCAUUCUCUCCUACCCUUCUCCUCUUCUGGUUUAUUUUGUUUUGGUUGUAGAUUAUGAAUGAGGUAUUUAUUUCUUUUUGUAAGUGACUAUUUGAUUAACACACUAAAAUGUAAAAAAAAAAGUCCUUUUUAGUUAUGAUGGCUGCCUAUAGAAUUUAAACUGCUUAUCAUCCUAAUCCAUCCUGAGAUUAGGUUAUUGGCUACUACUGAAAGGUCACUUGGAAGUCAGAUUUGAGUUUUAUUCAGGUAUAUUUCUUACUCUGCUCAAAGGGAGUAGAAGUGAGGGAGCUGAAGAGAUUGAGGAAAGUGAGAACAGCAAAUGUCAUGUGGCUGUUGAGAGAGAACUGCUGGCUUCCAUGCCUCUUUUCCAUGUAGGUUUAAAAUGGUUACAGUGGAAGUAGCAUUGAGUUUUUUCUCUUUUUAUUCUUCAUUUUUUGGAUCCUCAGAAUUCAUUUGCAAGCUAUAGACACAUUCUUUUCCCAUAUCCAAUGACUUUGUUCUCUUCUCUCAGUGGGUAGACAGAGAAUUAUUUUAUUUGGUUUCCAAACCCUUUAUUGAGCAUGUUCAUAGAAUUCCUCUCAUUAAGAAAAUACCCUUUUCCCCCCUACAAUUGUCUGAUGUAUGCGUCCUCUGAGAAGUGUAAGUGCAUCCUAGGAGGGCUUUGUAAGCUGGCUUUACAGGCAGAGUGUGCCUUCAACUAGGAAUUUUGUGCAAAGGUCCUACAUUUCCCUUUGACUAAUCAUUUUUCUCCUCCUUUCAAACAUAUCUGAUGAAAAGCUACAAGGGCCAGAGGGCCAAAUAUUCUUCUCUUUCUUUCUGAAAACAUGCUACACUCUUAGAAAUGAGGGAACAAGUUGAUUCCUAAGUCCUAGGGAGUUCUAUUCCAUUUAUUCUGAUAUCCCUUGGUUUUGAAGUGUGACAUGCUUUUACUACCAACUGUUUUCAGCAAUUCCCUGGGCAGGUAAACGUCAUACAAUGUAAAGAGUCUUGUUAGCUUUGAUUGAUUACUUUCUUCACAAUAUGGGAAUAUAUUCUACAACAAGGAUUAGGGAAUCAAGAGCCUAGAUGCUAUGUGGAAUCUCUUUUUUCCAUUUCUUUAUGUGGACUAAUCUAUGAACCUGUGCAGAAUGAACCUUAGCAUCCCUUUGAUUCUCUAAAGCCACUAUAUUAAAUUAUGGUCCAUCUUUUACUGAAAUAAGUAGGACGCUAAGGGAUCCUGCAGUUUCCACAUAGCUGUUGUUCUCCAAAUAUAAUCCUUUGAGCAAGAACAACCACAAUUUAUAGGAACUUCUUAGAAAUGCUAAUUUUCUGAACUACUUAAGACAACUGAAUCUGAAACUCUUAUGAUUUGCUCUACCAGUCAUUAAGAAUCAGAUGCUCACUGAAGGUUAAGAGUUUGUUAAAGGACAGAUUGAUUGGGCCCUACCCAUGGAGUUUCUGAUUCAGUUGGUCUGUGGUAGGAUCUGACUCUUCAUAUAUAGCAAUUGACAAUUGCUUAUGAGUGUGGCUGCUCCAGAGGAAACUUGCCUAAUAGGACUAACUGCAUCUAAGGUGGCCAUUUACACAAAUUUGUUGAUGUGGUAACUCACUGAUCACUAGUAAAAUGUGUUAAAAGAAUGAUCACUUAAGAACUCAGAAAAAAAUCACAACCUCUCAGAGUAUCUUCCCAAUAGUUUCACUUCAACAUAUGACUGAGUGAUUGUAUGAGAAUUCAGUUGAACUUUUCUUAUCUACCUAGCAUAUUAUUAAAAAGCAAAAUAAAAGUGGUCCACUUCA